AUUUCAUCGCUUUUCAACACUAAUGUUUGGCAAAUGUUUUUGUUGAAAUCUUAAGUAGGCGAGCAGAUGCUCUGUUGAUCCUGAAUUACCAGUUGCGCAGCCUUAAUAAUUAGCGCUAGUUUAUUAUUACUUGUGUGCAAUAUCUAUAUGAAACUCAACCAAUCAAUAACAAAUCUUAAAUCUUAAAAAUGAAGUCAAUACAAAGAGGAGCCAUACAGAUGCUGGCGAUGGUGAUCUACAUCCAGCUUAUACGUGGCGAUAUGGGUAAGAUGUCCAAAAAGUCGCAUGUGGAGGAUUUUGAUGGAGCAACAGCGCUAUUCGAAGCCCUAACAUCGUCACCAAACGACGGUUACACCUACAGUUGGCAUGUGCACUCAUUUCCAAAAAUCAGCAAUGAAAUCGACGAUGAGCCUGUGAUGCGCAAUUGCACAGUUUUAUAUUUGGACCAGUGCACUUCUUGGAAUAAGUGUCGACAAACCUGCCAAGCGACAGGUGCAGCUAGCUACAGGUGGUUCCAUGAUGGCUGCUGUGAAUGUGUUGGUGGUCAUUGCUUGGGCUACGGUGUAAAUGAGAGCCGUUGCAGCCAAUGCCCCGAACCUGGAUGGGAUACUGAUGAAAACGAAUAGAUGAUAUAUAUAUUG